AUGCUGGCGCUGGGAAACAGGCUCGUCUUGAUGAUCUCAGAGGUCUUUUCCAGCCUCAACGAUUCCGUUCUCUUGGUGCUGAGGCUCUUUUACCUGGUGAUCCCAGCUGCAGGGCAACCCAAAGCAUCUUCGAAGUGUUCAAAGGAGUGCCCCAACUUUACAGAGCAGAAAGUAUCGGCAAAUCGGAUAAAGAGCUACUCCAAGACUGACCCUCAGUGCAUAAAACCAGCCAUCAUACUUACCACUCUGAAGUCCCUCGAGAUCUGUGCAAAUCCAGAGGAAGACUGGGUGAGGAACAUCAUGGCGAAACUGGACAAGGAAAAGGCCACGGCCUCCCCGCUUCCCCGUGACUCCACCCCAGCAGCAGCACCAGAAGCCCCCGGUGGUUUUCAGAAACAGGUUGGUCUUACACAAACAGCCCCAACUCCUUUCCUCCAAGCCACUGGCACAACAGUUUUGGAGAGAAUAGAUGAUCCUGCUGCCAGGACGGAGGUGUCCAACAAGUCCAUGCAGAACACCACCCAGCUCACUUCUGCCAGCUCUGAAGGCGCUCCGGAAGCAAACAGAGAUUCCUUAAAACCUCCUGCACCUUCAGGUUUUGCAGCAGGCAUGGUCUCCAGCCAGCCCACCCCGUAUCCCAAGGCUCUUGUGCAUGGUUUUGACCCCACCGUAGGACCUACAGAAGAACCUGCAGGGCGUACUGCAACUGCUAAGACUGAGGUUCAAGUCAUGAGUUCUCCUACGGCCAUUACUAAAGGAUCAGACCAUCCUGUGCAUCCUACAAACGAAUGCCUGAACUCUACAAGUGCACCAGGUGCUGCUUCUAGUGGGUUUAGUUCAGAUGUCCCCCCUAGCCUGGACAGCAUGGAAAUUGCCACAGCCACACCGGUUCCACCAGAGGUUACUGAAGUUUCUACUCUAAGCUCCACAAAUGUCAGAGAUGAUGGUUCUUCUGACCAUACCAGCAGGGCUGUGAAUCCCUCCGCAGAUGCUUUUGGUACCAAAACAUUCGAUUAUUCAUCACCGGUAGGAAAGCAAGAGCCUCCAGGUCUGUUAAACUUCACUGCUCCAGCAUUCUCAGGCCAAGGGCGAGUGCAGAUGAUUACGGAGGGACCAAACGAUCUGCCCCUUCCUAGCUCGUUGUCCAAACGUGAAAUGCACUUGGUCAUCCCGGUGGCUGUGGUAGGUGGUCUCAUGGUUUGCACCGUUGCUGUCGUAUGGCUGUAUCUGAAAUUUGGCAUCAAAACAGAAGACAUGUCAAGAGAAAUGGUACAGGGCUUGCUCUACCAGAAGGAGGCACAUCCCAACAACGCCUAUCCAAUGGGCAUUGUCUGA